AUGUCUCAACAAGCUGAAUCCAAAACAGCAGCCGAUCCUGGCGAGGCCGAGAAGAGUCAUCUCUACGAUGGCCAAGGCACUGAGGAAGACCCUUUCGUGGUUGAGUUCCAAAAGGACGAUCCUCAGAACCCCAUGAACUGGUCUCAGUCCCGGAAAUGGCUCAUCACAAUGAUUGUGACCUUACAAAUCCUCUGGGUCAUUUCCCACGUCGCCAUGGUGGCCUUCAUUGGAGGUUCUGCUGGAAGCCAAAACGUCGCCACCCUACUGAUAUUGCGAUUCUUCGGCGGCACAUUCGGUAGCUCGCCGCUGGUCAACUCGGGGGGUGCUAUCGCAGAUCUCUUCCCCCCGGCUCAGCGAGGCCUUGCUAUGACACUCUACUGUGUCGCGCCCUUUCUUGGUCCCAUCCUUGGCCCUGUCGUCGGCGGGUUCGUUUCUGAAAACGUUGGAUGGAGGUGGGUGCAGGGGUUGUGCUGUAUCUUUAUAGGAGUGAUAGGCAUUCUUGGGGUUCUUUUCGUCCCCGAGACAUAUGGCCCGGUGCUGCUGAUCAGAAGGGCAAAGAAAUUGUCCAAAGUUGAUGGCGAAGUUUACAUCAGUGUUCUCGAAAAGAGUCAGGGCAGAAAGAAGCCGUCUGAGGUCUUUCAAAGAGCCCUGAACCGGCCUUGGGUUUUGCUCUUGCGAGAACCUAUUGUACUAGUGGCCUCGCUCUAUAUGGCCAUCAUUUACGGCACUAUCUACAUGUUCAUGGGUGCCAUGCCUAUCGUCUAUAAUGAGGAGCGUGGAUGGAGCGAGGGCAUCGGAGGGCUUGCGUUUAUGGGUAUUGCUGUUGGUAUUAUUCUAGGAUUGGCUUAUGCUAUCUACGACAACAAUGGGCGUUACAAGAAGCUCUUACUGGCUAAAAAAUCAACUGCGGAAUCACGACUACCACCAGCCACUGUUGGUGCUGUUGCCUUGCCAGUCGGCAUGUUCGCCUUUGCAUGGACCAACUACCCCAGCAUUCACUGGUCCGUCAGCAUCGUCCUCUCAGCACCCUUUGGCUUCGGUUGUGUCCUCGUUAUCCUGCCAAUCGUCAACUACCUGAUUGAUUCCUACACCAUCUACGCAGCCUCCGUUCUUGCAGCUGCCGCCAUCUUCCGCUCAAUCGUCGGUGCCGUGUUUCCCUUGUUCACCACCCAGUUGUAUGACUCGCUAAAAGCCCAAUGGGCGACAUCUAUCCCGGCCUUUCUAACAUUCGCUUGCAUGCCGUUCCCGUUCGUCAUGUACCGUUAUGGUGGGGCGCUGAGGAUGAAGUGCAAGUAUGCUUUCGAAGCUGCUGAAAUGAUGAGACGGAUGCAGAUGCAACAAGACCCCGUCCCAGCUAGAAAAGAGGAAGAAGAUUCCCCUUCAGAGUGA